AUGCUUAAAGCCAUCGCUUCUACCAGAGUCGUCAUCAAUGGCCAAAUCAUACCAGCAACAAUAGUGUACUCUACAGAUAGUGGGAAGAUAGUCACUAUCUACGAGAACGAAGUACUGGAGACGGUACCUUCAUACGAAGGAGAAUCCGUACAGAACUAUAUCAUAGUCUCUCCCCACGUGAUCAUGCCAGGACUGGUGGACGCUCAUGUCCAUUUGAAUGAACCAGGUAGAACCGAAUGGGAAGGGUUUGCGACCGGGACUCGUUCUGCUGUGGGAGGUGGUGUCACUACUGUGAUUGACAUGCCUUUGAAUGCGAUUCCUCCGACCACAACGGUGGAAAACUUGAACAUCAAACUAGCUGCAGCGAAUGGUCAAAUGUGGUGCGAUGUAGGCUUCUGGGGAGGUCUGAUACCAUCCAAUCUCGAAGAACUAGUACCGCUAGUGCGCUCUGGGGUCUGUGGGUUCAAAGGUUUCAUGAUGGAUUCCGGUGUUGAAGAGUUUCCUGCAAUCGACAAAAAUUACAUCACUAAAGCGUUACAAACUCUUGAAAAUGAACAUACGAUGCUUCUUUUCCAUGCAGAACAGGCUCCCUCAGAAGGAAAUCUCGGAUUGGUUGACCCUCUUUGUGAUAUUAAUGAUACCAACAAAAAUAAAGACGAUGUUUUCCUCGACCAUGUGCACGCAGCUCCAGGUGGCCAAGAUUUGACUGAAACCCAGAUCCAUGCGCUGGCAGAAUCUAAAGUUCUUGAAUCCGUAGAACCCACAGUGGGGCAACCGGCACAUGAGGUUUACGCAUCCCAUUCGUCACAGAAUCCAUUGGACUCACUUGACAGACACGACCAUCUUUUCGAUCACAUCGAUCCUACAACUUACGCUCCGUUUUUGGCUUCCAGACCAGAUGUUUUCGAGACCAACGCCAUCAGCACCAUAAUUUCCUGCAUGACUGAGUUUGCCAAGCGGUCUAAAAGAAUUCCAAAAGUGCAUGUGGUACAUUUAGCCACACAAGAAGCUGUUCCUAUGCUGCGUCAUGCGCGGCAGGUGUUGAAGCUGCCAAUCUCUGUAGAAACAUGUUUCCAUUAUCUGAAAUUUGCUGCAGAAAAGAUUCCGGCCAAGGCAACCCAUUACAAAUGCUGUCCUCCAAUCCGCUCUGAAGAUAAUAGACUUGCCCUGUGGGAAGCGUUACGUGAAAAUGUCAUUACCACAGUUGUCAGCGAUCAUUCACCAUGUACUCCAGAGCUGAAGAACAUGGAAAAAGGUGAUUUUUUUGCGGCCUGGGGUGGUAUAUCUUCUGUUGGACUUGGUCUAUCAAUUAUGAUGACCGAAGGAGCAAAGAUGUCACCACAGGUUACUAUUCCUGAAAUAGUCAAAUGGUGUUGCGAAAAUACUUCCGAGCAGGUUGGACUUCAACACCGCAAAGGAUUUUUGCGCCCCGGUUAUGACGCCGAUUUCGUGGUGGUAGACCAGUACCGCAAAAGGGUUGUGUCUGGGGACAACACAUACUUCAAGAACAAACUGACAGCAUACAAUGGCCAAGAGCUGAGAGGCCAAGUGCUGACGACUUAUGUCGGAGGCAAAAUUGCAUACGAUUUGGAGACAGGUCACUGCACCGUUCCAUUCGGACAGCCACUUUUGGAGCCCAGAACCGUCUGA